UGCAACACCAAAGCUUCUAGCUAGCCAGGCGACUCGAGGUAUCAUCUUGCUGUACCUGCAUAACGCGAGUCGGUUAUCACCUGCAUCUAAUCAAUUGCUGCUUGCGAAGAUUCGAAACAAACUCGCAGCCCGACAGCUCCCCCUCAGAACAAGUGAAACGGCUUCCAGAAUGUCUUCGGCAGCAGCGGCCCUCAUCUCGCCUGCAAUCAAGAAGCAUACCAGCACUGUCAUUGUUGCCCAUGGACUAGGCGACAGCGGUGCAGGAUGGUCAUGGUUCGCCCGGGAAGCUCGCCAAUCUGGAAACUUCGCGCAGACCAAGUUCAUCUUCCCUAACGCGCCACAAAUUCCCAUCACCUGCAAUGGCGGCAUGCGAAUGCCUGGAUGGUACGACAUUGAGUCAUUCGGUGACGUGGCCAACCGAAGUGACGACGAAGCCGGCAUUCUGCGCAGCCGGACCUACUUCCACAAGCUCAUUUCCGACGAGAUCGCCUCGGGAAUCCCGAGCACGCGCAUCGUCCUCGGAGGUUUCAGCCAGGGCGGCGCCAUGAGCCUUCUCUCCGGCGCGACCUGCCCUUCGCAACUCGCGGGGAUUUUCGGCUUGAGCUGCUACCUUCUCCUGCAGAAGAAGUUCCAGAGUCUGGCCGCCGCGGAUGCGCCGAAUGCCAAGACGCCGAUUUUCAUGGGUCACGGUGACGCGGAUCCCGUGGUGCAGUACAAAUGGGGCCAGGCGACGGCGGCACAAUUGAAGGAAUGGGGUUAUGAUGUGGAGUUCAAGACCUAUGAGGGAUUGCCGCAUUCCGCUGACCCGGAGGAGUUGGCGGAUUUGGCGGGAUGGCUCAAGGAGAGGAUCCCUGACCUGCCGGAAGGCGAUGGUGCUGCAAAGGGCUCGGCCGUCAGCGGAAGCUUAUGACUGCGUUCUGAUACAGAUGGGAUGUGGUCAAAAGAGCCUUAUGAUGCUGUCGAGGUCAAGUUGGUGCUGAGUGCGGCACUACUGCUUGUGAUAUGGGUCGCGACCUUGAGCGUUUGGCGACGUCUAAGGAACGGCUUCGCUGGUCGGCGUGUCUAGAUCGAAAAGGAGUGAAUUAAAAUUCAAUAUCCGAUCUAUUACCAGAUUUCUUAAUCGAACUCAUAUAAGAAGUUCGUGAGCGGAAUCUGGAUUGCCAUGCUUCUAUUUCGGCCUCAAUUUCUAGAGAAUAAGAG